CGUUGUGUUGUUGCACCAGAGCUGCUGUCAUGUGAUAGUUCGUCCGAGUAGCUGCUGUUGAUAGUAGGUGGUUAGCUUGAAGAAACAAAAAAACAACAAGCAGGAAACAAGUCGUAUGCCUGUUGGACGGGGCAGAGACGGUCGCUUCUGCGGGUAGACGGCUUAGCGCAGAGGAAAGCUGGGGUUGUGAAGUUUGGCAGAGCGCCGGACGCCCCUCGGACGCCAUGGGUUGCUGUUACAGCAGCGAAAACGAGACCACAGAACAGGACCCUGAUGAGCGUAAGCCACUGAUCCCCCACCCCAACCCCGACAGCAAACCUCCAAAUGGCACUGAAUGGGUCACUGCCAACGUCCCCUCAGCACGCACAGAUGAACAGGCCCUCCUCACAUCCAUCCUCACCAAGACCGCACAGAACAUCAUUGAUGUCUCUGCUGCCGACUCUGUCAUGAUGGAGCAACAUGAAUACAUGGACAAAGCUCGGCAAUACAGUACAAAGUUGGCUGUGCUGAGCAACAAUCUGCCCCAGAAGAAAGCUCAUCUUCUCCCCUCCCUCACAAGCCAGCCCCACCAAGUGCUUGCUAGUGACCUGGUGCCAUACUCAGAUGUUCAACAGGUGUCCAAGAUAGCAGCUUAUGCUUACAGUGCAAUCUCUCAGAUCAAGGUGGAUGCGAAAGAGGAACUGGUGGUUCAGUUUGCCAUUCCCUGAUUCUGCCUCCCUGGUCUGCAUAUUGUUCCUCCCAUCCCUCUCUCUCUCUGCCACUCCUGCCUCCUCACCUCCCAGCCCGCCCUGUAUCCAAGCAUCUUGGUUCCUGUGCUUCUUAGCUCCGCCUCUAGCAGCGACAAAGACAGAGAUGAUUGGAAUUGCACCUCAGAUUGCACCCUAUGGCUGUCCCUUAGCUAGAUGGACGGAUAGAGUGUGAUCUGAGAUUUGCAACAACCAGACCUCUUUUUCUAAAGACUGGAUCACUGCAUUUAUCAGAAACACUUAUGGAAAAAACAUCACUCAAUUCUUCUAAAUGGUCUGCCUGUGUAAGAUUUUUAAGAUGCCCAUUUGAGAUAAAUGGUUGUCAGGACUGUCUCAGUUGUGGAUAUUUUUUUAAGAUGUGUGUGUUUUGUUGUGUUUGUCAGUCUGACAGUUUAUGGUAAUAAAUGUUGAGGCUGUUGCUGGUGUUAUAUCUGAAGUGUUCCUGGCUAGUUGUGUUAGCACUUACCAGGUAAGCAGAACUCACCUCUUCACCUCAGAGUGUUAGCCACAGCCAUGGGGGAGUGUGUAGUAAACAGGGAUGGCUCUAAUGGGUUCAGGCACGAGGCAGGUGGGGCUUUUGGUCUGUUUAUUUUACACAAUGUCCAUUAAACAGAGGUUGAGGAAUACAAGAAAGGGAAUAUGAGGAGUGGUAUGUGUCAUGGAAACACCACAAGUCCAGGAAUGGGAUUAUAAUGGCUGAGGCCAGGUUGUAUCCCCAUAGCAUGAUAAAAAAAAAAAAAAUCACCAUAUUGCUCAAAAUUCUCACUGUGCUUUGUGUAUUAAUGCCGUUACAGCUCCCUGGGG